AUGGAACCUCAAAAGCAGUUGAGCAUUGGAUUUCUGCUGGGCUCUUUGACUUGCUUCUUGUUGGAGACGGUAGCUUCCCCACCUUCACCUUUAUCAGCCUUAAGAAUGCAAGAAGAAGCAGAAUUGAAAUCCCACUCAAGGGGAAACCAGGGAUCUUGGAUGACCAACUUCAGAGCCUACUUGUGGGAUCUCAUCAAGAGCUCCAUGCCUCCAGCAGCCAUUUUGGCUUUUCUUAUCGCCAUAGCACUAAUGGGGACCCUCUGCUGUCUCACGGUUUCAACACUGAACAGCAACGCGCCCGCCGCGCACGAGCCUCGAGACGUUUUUGCAACGGCCACUGCGGUGCGCGUCAG